AUGGCCGGGACUUGGCUGCUCCUUCUCCUGGCCCUCGGGUGUCCGGCCCUGCCCACAGGUGGGGGCGGCACACCCUUCCCCUCUCUGGCCCCACCAAUCACGCUGCUGGUGGAUGGGAAGCAGCAGACGCUGGUGGUCUGCCUGGUCCUCGAUGUCGCACCCCCUGGCCUUGAGAGCCCCAUCUGGUUCUCAGCGGGCAAUGGCAGCUCACUGGACGCCUUCACCUACGGCCCUUCCCCAGAGGCUGACGGCACCUGGACUAGCUUGGCUCAGCUCUCUCUGCCCUCUGAUCAGCUGGCAGCCUGGGAAAACUUGGUCUGCCACACUGGGCCUGAGGCCGGCGACCGCAGCCAGAGCACACGGCCCCUACAGCUGUCAGGAGAGGCUUCCUCAGCCAGGACCUGCCUCUGGGAGCGUCUCAGGGGGAUGCGGGGCCAGGCGCUGCGGCUGGGGGCGCUGCGGCUGCUGCUCUUCAAGCUGCUGCUGUUGGACGUGCUCCUGACCUGCAGCCGGCUCCGCGCCGCGCCAUGCGCGCGGGGGGACCCCGGGCUCCCGCGCCCCGCACGGGCCCGCAGCCCCACCGCCGGCUCCCGCAGCCCCCGCCGCCCGGCUUGGCGGCCGAGCCGGGGGGGCCGCGGGCCAGGAGCCCCGGAGCCCAGUCUGGGAGGAGGGGACGCUCUCUACCCACCGAGCUUGGGCCUGGUGCUCAUGAGCCCCCCGGUAUUCCUUCCUUAA